ACGCGCGGGCGGAGGGGCGGUCAGGCCCGCUGAGGGCCCGGGGUUUGGUCGUUGCUUCUCUCGACCUCGCAGCCGCCCGAUGGGGGACGAGCAGGCUGGGGGUCGCAGGGCUUUGCGGUUGUGGGCCCAUGUCCGGAGCCAGCUCCGGUCUCAGCCGCGACCCCCGACUGAAAUCCCCGGGCCUCGGACGCGACCUUAGUCCCAGCUCCAGGCCAUAUUACGCCUGAAGGGCCCUUAGAUUUAUCUGAAAAAUGGGACUAGUGAGCCCCUACUUCACUGGGUUGUGGUAAAGAUUCUGAUGUUUGUAAAACGGUUUGGCAUGAGAAAUAAUCGAAGGUACCAAUAUUUUACUCUGCAUCAGGCGCUGGACUAAGUACUUCAACUCACUGAGUUUUGACAGCAACCUUAUGAGGUUGAUGCUUUUAUAAACCCUCUUUAUAGAUGAGAGAAGUGAGGCUCAGAGAGAAAUGCUUUGCCGAAAGUCAAAACGCUAGCAAGCAGAGUCAGGAUCCAAGCCCAAGCACUAUGCCCUAAGCCAGUGGGGGUUUAUGAUGACUUCUGACACCAAGGACUAGAGAUUUCUAUACAUUCAUGCUGUAGCCCUACCUGUGCCAGUCACUGGGGUGGUAGAACCCCAUUAGAGCUCCGGCUCCUGUAAAUGGGGUACCCUGCAAACACUUCCCAAUGUCAUUUCAUUCACAGCAACCCCAGAAAGUCCUGUCACCGUCAUAUACUCUUUACAGAAAACAGACGGUGGCAGUCAAGGACAGAGCCAGGAGAGCAGGGAGGCGGUAGCUGUGCUGGUCCAGAUCAGCCGUGUUGAGGGCGAGGACCGGUAGGCAGCUGCCAAGAUGGGUGAAAGGAAAGGCGUAAACAAGUACUACCCUCCGGAUUUCAAUCCUGAAAAGCAUGGCUCCCUCAACCGAUACCACAACAGCCACCCGCUCCGGGAGCGGGCUCGGAAGCUGUCACAGGGCAUCCUCAUCAUCAGGUUUGAGAUGCCGUAUAACAUCUGGUGUGACGGCUGCAAGAACCACAUCGGCAUGGGUGUUCGCUACAAUGCAGAAAAGAAGAAGGUUGGCAAUUAUUACACGACCCCAAUCUACAGGUUCCGGAUGAAAUGCCACCUCUGCGUCAACUACAUCGAGAUGCAGACGGACCCCGCCAACUGUGACUACGUGAUCGUGAGCGGCGCCCAGCGCAAGGAGGAGCGCUGGGACAUGGCGGACAACGAGCAGGUGCUGACGACAGAGCACGAGAAGAAGCAGAAGCUGGAGACAGACGCCAUGUUCCGCCUGGAGCACGGCGAGGCCGACCGGAGUACACUCAAGAAGGCCCUCCCCACCCUGAGCCACAUCCAGGAGGCCCAGAGCGCCUGGAAGGAUGACUUCGCGCUCAACAGCAUGCUGCGGAAGAGGUUCCGGGAAAAGAAAAAAGCCAUGCAGGAGGAGGAAGAGAGGGACCAGGCGCUGCAGGCUAAGGCGAGCCUGGCCAUCCCACUGGUGCCCGAGACGGAGGACGACCGCAGGCUGGCUGCCCUGCUCAAGUUCCACACCCUGGACUCCUACGAGGACAAGCAGAAACUCAAGCGGACAGAGAUCAUCAGCCGCUCCUGGUUCCCCACUGCCCCGGGCCCCGCCACCAGCAGCAACAAAGCCGGCCACGUCCUGAAGAAGCUGGCCCAGAACCGCAGAUCUGCACCGGCCUGCACCCCUGUCACUGUAGGGGACCUGGGCAUCGUGCGGCGGCGGUCCCGGGAGGUUUCAGAGAGCCCCCAGCAUGCAGCGGAGACCCCCAAGUCUGGGGAGCCACUGGUGCCAGAUGGGCCCACGUCCCCCCGAGACUGCUCUCCAGAGACAGCUGAGACCCCCAAGAGCAGGGGGCCUCUGGGGCAGGAGGGGAAGUGUCAGGACAGGCCCCAGUCCCCACCAGGCUCCUCUCAGGAGGCGGCCACCCCCCAGGACACGCCACACCUGUGCACCCUCAGCUCCUCUCUUGUGGCUGAUUACUCCGACUCAGAGAGCGAGUGAGCAGUUCUGGAGACCGGACCUGCUCCAGAGGCAGCCACUCACCCAGGAGGCCCUUCAGACUGCAGCCCUGCUUGCCCACCAGCCCUUGGAGAGCUCAGACGUGCCCCUCCCCAGACCUCGCCUUCAGCCUUCCACAGUGGGGAAGUUAUUUAUUUGCUCCUGGAGAGGGUGUUUGUGCCUUGUGGGGCAACAUCCCAGCAUUAAAGCCCUGCUUCUUUGUCCCUGCCUCAGGUUGCUAGACGGGCCCUGGGGCAGUCUUCCCCCACCCCACCCAACUGAGCUUCCCCGGACUCUCACCAGCCAUGUGAUGCUGCAGCCACAGUGUGGGCCCGGCCACGGUCCCCCAUGGCAUGUCAAGGGUGUCAAGGUGGUGGCUCAGGCGGGUCUGCAAUCAGAGCAGACUUCCCAGAGGUGGCAGCCUGGGCUGAGUGUGAAGGGUAGAAAGGGAACCAGGCUCCAGGAGCCCCAUGGGGAAGGCAGGGGCUGGGAACACAGGCGGUGCCUGAAGCAGCCAGGCCUGGAGUAUGCAGGUGUGGGGUUUCAUCAUCACCAACCCGAGGGGAUGCCUUGGAAGGUCCUGAAAGCGCCCCCCCCCCUUUCCCUACCGUGAUGCAUCUUUUGAAGGGAACUGGUGAACUGAGCAGAAAAUGGCCCGGAAACAGCAGGGCAUCCAGAGAUGCAGCCUACCCCCCUCCCUAAACCAUGGAAAAGGAAGAUCAGUUAACAGAUACCGAUGGGGUAUUUGCAGUGUGUGCGCCAGGCACUAACCUAGUCCCCGGGGAGACAGUGGUGAACCAGACAGACACAGGGCCCUCUUGGGGCUGAGGUUCCAGUCAGAUUCAUAUUUGGCCCUGUUCUUCCGGGGCGAUGGUGGCCCCAGUGGCCGUCCGCAGCCCACCAGCCUUUGCUCCCUGCCGGGAUGGGAAGAGAUCAGGGCAACAGUAAGACCCCUUAGUCCUUGCAAUUCCCCGAUUCGGGCCUUUCUCUACUUGAGACCACCUUCAGCACUCGCUCUGGCCAAGGUCAACCGCCUGAGUGUCCCCCUGGGGCUUGGGAUCAUGCUAUGAGGCCCUAAUUCUG